GUGUUGUCCAGUGGCAAAUUGCAUUUUUCAACAGAAGCUCGCACAAGUUCUUGUCCCGCUGUGUAGUCUCUGGUGCAAUAAACAAUGUCUACUUUCGCUCUAGAAUCAUUGAACGCCCAUAACGAAUACCGCCGGAAACACGGUGCUCCUGCGCUAUCUAUCUGCCCUAAACUUACCAACGUGGCGCAGAAUUACGCUGAAACAAUUGCAAAGAAAGAUUCAUUGGUUCACAGCAAUAAUGGCUAUGGAGAGAAUCUUUUUGCUUCCUGGGGAAAGGAACCGAACGGAAGAGAGCCUGUGACUGCAUUUUACAACGAAAUAAAAAAAUACAAUUUUAAUUCACCUGGUUUCUCUAUGGCGACUGGUCACUUUACUCAAGUAGUCUGGAAAGCCACAAAGAUGGUGGGUGUCGGAAAGGCUAAGAGUAGCAGAGGCACAACUUACGUCGUUUACAAUUAUCAUCCACCCGGUAACUACAAAGGUCAAUUUACUGCCAAUGUUCAACGAGCACAGUGAUGGAAUCGCCUCCGUCGGUGGAUAACGUGACUGUUCCACCAGUCUUUGUCAGCAAAGUCAAAUGACUGUCCAUCUAUUUAAGGACAAUAAAUGUGUUCUUGAGUAAAUGUGUUUCAGGAUAAAUACAUGUUGCAGGCAUUA